AGGUAUUAUUAGACCCUCAGCGCGGCCCUGCGCACAUCCAGAUGUUGCGUUCGCUGCGCUCAGGCAAGUCGGGGGAUUUGUAGUUUCCGCGCCGGAGCAAACUUUGAACACUUUUGCUUUUGCAAAAGACUGAUGGCGGGUUCGAUUUAAAGAAGAACGCGUUUCCCAGCAAGUUCUCCAGGCUUGUCUUUUGGACUUUAUUCGAGAUGGGUCCACGCAGAAUAGUGGAUCUGUGACGCCUUCAGUGAAACAAAGACGCUUCAUUCCGAGAGCUUCUCUGACCCACUGGACGCGAUGUCGUCGCUUUUCUCGCUGGUUUGCGCCGCGACGUUGCUGCUGCUGCCGCAGCCCGGCGGCGCUUUUUACCGUGGACCUUUGCACCCGGAGAUGUCUAACGGGACUUUUCACCACUACUUCGUGCCGGACGGCGACUACGAGGAGAACGACGACCCGGAGAAGUGUCAGAUGCUGUUCAAGAUGACCGACGAGCGCAAGUGCGGAUUGGACGAGGACCAGGACUCGGUCAUACGGGAUGACUUCACCAUCAUGAAGAGGCAGAUAGAAGACUCGGCCCGGGUGCUGGAAGGCAUCGGGAAAAGCAUCUCCUACGACCUGGACGGGGAGGACAGCUACGGGAAGUACUUGCGGAGGGAGACGGCUCAGAUCAGCGAGGCGUUUACUAACUCGGAGAAGUCUUUGCUGGAGCUGGAGGUGAAGUUCAAGCAGAGCCAGGAGAGCGAACUGAAGGAGGAGCACCGGCUGAGCGAUGACUUCCUCAACAUGGUGGUCCACACCCGGGACAGCCUGAAGGAGACCCUGGACAUCAGUCUGGGCCUGAAGGACAAGCACGAGCUGCUGUCUCUGAUCAUUCGCAGUCACGGGACCAGGCUGAGCAGGCUGAAGAACCAGUACAUGAAGUUCUGACCCCCAGGGGUCUCUCACCGUCUUCCUGUUCAUGAAGAGACAUCAGGGAUCAUCAGUCUGUAUAGAGUAGAAGGUUUAUUUUUCGCCAGUUCUCUGGCAAGGUUGCAGUUGAGUGACAUUAUGUCUGCUGCUUUAUGUGAUGUGAGUUAUAUUUAUGCAGAUGCUUUUAGUCACCUACAUAGUUUAGUAGUUUAGGGAUCACCUAUGUGCUUAAGUCUAAUUUUAAUGAACCAAAAUUUUAUGGAAAAUAUUACAGGUUUGUGUUUCCUGGUCUCAUCAUUAAAUGUUAACACCAUCUUUCAGAUUUGUAUACCUGUUCCUAAGCAUUUUCUAAGAUGACUACCUGGUAAAUUAUGAUUAUUAUUUUCAAUGAAUACGGUAUAAUCUUGUUUUAUUGUCAGUUUGGGAUUUUCUUUGUUUUAUUUCUGAAGCACUGCAACAUAUGUCAAUGUAAAGAAGUAUAAUGACAAGCCAACUAGUUUGAAUGGUGAUUGAUGCGAAAUAUAGCGGCAUUGAAUGUCUGUAUACAUAUUUUCAGUCUGUCCUUAAGCAGCCACCAAUUCUAUUUCGUACAUGCUCAGAGGGCUUCGCAUGUACUCGUAGAACUGGAGUUACAUCCAGGUUCCACUUUGUUUGUAAGCUUCGAUGUCUACAUUUUUUAAAGUUGUUUUUGCCAACGAUAAAGCGCCACUUUUGAAGGUUCACAUAUUGUACUAGAUUGUACUUCUGAGUGUUUAUGUUUAAGUUUGUAUAUCUUAAGGGCUUUGCAUAAAAUAGGUCCACCUUACACGUGUGUUACAAUGGGUUUUAAAAGCACAACAUUAAGCUUCUGUGUCGUUUCCGACUGCCUCAUUGGGCUUGAAGCAGUGGCAUUAAGUGGACAAAAGAAACUUCUGAAACCAACAAUCGCAAGGAAGUUUUAUGUCUUCCAAAUGCUGAAGUACAGAACAAAACAGUUAAGUCGAUAAUCAUAUGAAAUAGAUCUUAGAAUGAUGGUAUUAAUGUGGUUUCUGAAAAUGUCUUGAACAGAAAUCUGUAUUACAUAAAAUCAAGAUUAAAGUAGUUUAUUUAAUAUGGCAUACACCGAAGACAGUUGCUUUGGCUUGAAUUUACAUCCACAGCAAACAAUGGGUGUGUAGUAAAUAGAAUGAGAGUGUGGAAGAGCAGAUUUUGCACAGUCCCUUGACCUUUCAGAUGCUUCAAGUUGUAACAUGGUUCAUAGUCAAAGUUGUACAUGUAUUUUUAAGUAAGUAAUGCUGUGAUCAAGAAUAUCUUUUAUGUAUUGAAUAUCUUAUAAUGUAUUCAUAGUCUGUAUAAAGCGUUCAAAUACAUUGAUGUACGAUGCGUGGCAUUAUGUAACACUUUCAAAGAUAAGACUGCUGGCAGUGGACUUGUCAAGCACCAGUUUGUGUGACAUUCAUCAAGUAUUGUUUUGGAUUCUCAAAUAAACAU